AUGAAAAUUGAAGAACAUCCCAUAAUACGAAAAGAAGUCUUUCAAGAUCUAGUUAAGUUUCUUACAGCUAUAGAUACUAAUUUAAAUUUGCAUUAUUCAAAUCAUACAAUUGACCCAAGUUUGAACAAAAUACUUGAUUCGGCUGCUCGAUUAACAGGAAGAAGGAUUACCAAUAAAGAUCUAUUAUGUAUACUUCAAGUAUAUCCAAAUGCAUACGCUAUCAAACAUAAUAAUAAGGUCAAUGAUCAUAGUGAGUAUUUACUCACAUUGCCUGAAAAUAUACCAGUGAAUACUUUCAAUCAAUGCAUACCUUUAAGAAAAGAAGAGUUAUUGAAUAACAUUAAUACAUGGAUAAGCAGAAACAGAAAUUCUUCGGAAAUCACGCAUCCUCCAAUAGGGCAGAUUAUUAGGAAGCAAAAGCAAGCUUCACCAUCUAGGAUACAUAAGCCACAAUCAAAUUCCUCGUCUCCUACAAAGAUUUCGAAAUCAGCUUUAAUGAAUGGCUUGAAGAAUGAUUCUUCCAAGUUUGUUUUCAGGUCAAAGGAUGAAAAUUCUGAGAAAGAAAAGAAUAAUGGACUUUCCUUGCUCGAAAGAAUAAGACUUAAGGAAAAACUAAAGAAUGAACAAAAGAUGAAAGAUACGCCUGAAAUGAAGUACCAUACAUACAUUCAGAGUAAAUUAGUACCAAUCUAUGAUAUUAUUUUCCACAUUCAUCGAAGUCAGGAUAAACAACAAUACAAAAGUUACCCUCUUUCUAAACUUGUUAGUAUAAUUGAAGAUAGUCUUGAUUACCCCACCAGUCAAGACGAAAUUAAGGAUACAGUAUAUUUAUUAGAGAAGAAACUAGGAACGGAAAAGAUAGAAAUAUUAUCAAGGGGUGGCGUCACUGCGAUUAAGGUUAUAAAAUUAGAUAGAAAUAAAGAUAUGAUGGCCCUAAAAUAG